AUGGGGAGCAGCGGGUCGGCGUUGAGGGUCUGUGCGGACCACCGCGGGGGCAUCAACUGGCUGAGUCUGAGCCCCGACGGGCAGCGCCUGCUGACGGGCAGCGAGGACGGCACGGCCCGCCUCUGGAGCACCGCGGACGGCCAGUGCUGCGCGCUCCUGCAAGGUCAUGAGAGCUAUGUGACCUUCUGCCAGCUGGAGGAUGAAGCCGCCUUCACCUGUAGUGCCGACUGCACCAUCCGGAAGUGGGACGUUAGGACCGGGCAGUGUCUGCAGGUGUACCGAGGGCACACGUCCAUCGUGAACAGGAUCCUAGUUGCAGAUGACCAGCUCUUCAGCAGUUCCUAUGACCGGACCGCACGUGCCUGGACUGUGGACAAAGGGCAAGUGUCCAAGGAGUUCCGGGGCCACCGCAACUGUGUGCUGACACUAGCCUACUCGGCCCCCAAGGACCUGCCCAGUGAUCCCUGCUUGGAGGCCGCCAUGGGUGGCGGGCUGCUAGUGACCGGCAGCACAGACGACACGGCCAAGGUGUGGCAGGUGGCCAGUGGCUGCUGCCACCAGACACUUCGGGGCCACACAGGUGCAGUGCUGUGCCUGGUGCUGGAUGUCUCCAGCCACACGGCCUUCACAGGUAGCACGGAUGCCACCGUCCGUGCGUGGGACAUCCUGAGUGGGCAGCAGCUGCGGGUGUUCCGGGAGCACCAGGGCUCUGUCAUCUGUCUGGAGCUCACAGAGCGGCUCCUGUACUCGGGCAGUGCGGACCGGACUGUUAAGUGCUGGCUGGCGCACACUGGAGAGAUGGUGCGCACGUUCCCGGCCCACAGACACAGCGUGAGUGCCCUCAAGUACCACGCAGGCACCUUGUUCACGGGCAGUGGGGACGCCUGCGCCCGCGCCUUUGACGCCCGGUCAGGAGUGCUGCAGAGGGUCUUCCGAGGCCACAGCUUUGUCAUCAACUGCCUCCAGGUACAUGGUCAGGUGCUCUACACAGCAUCUCAUGACGGUGCUCUGCGCCUCUGGGACGUGCGUGGCCUCCAGUCAGUGCCACCUUUGCCACGAGGGCCAGCAGCCAAACGCAGCCUGUCACGCCUCUUUAGCAACAAGGUGGCCUGUGCAGCCCCGGUGCCCUUGCAGCCAGCCUGAGUCCCCGGAGAGGAGAUGGUCGAAGCCGUGGCCUGGCUGGUCUGUCAGUGUUCUUGGCUUUCCCAAGCACUCUGCAACUGCAGUGGCCUGUGGCAGAGCGCACCUGCCCUCGUGACCUUUCCUACUGGGGAAGAAGGUGCCUUUCCCUGUGCUGAGCCACGGCCUUCCCACCGGGACACUUGUAGCCACGGCAGGGACUUGAACCGGCUGCCUCCAGUUCUGAGUUGAAGCCCAUGCUGCCAGGCCCUCCCUGCUGAGGAAGUGAACUUACAAAAGCCAG